GAAAAAGGGAAUAGAAAAGCAAUAAAAAGACGGUUCACGACGGCUCCAGCUCUAACCAAAAAGAACCCUCUCACAAACUGGGAAAAAGAAUUGCCCUGGAGGUGUACUCCUCCUUACCACGUGUAAAGCUACCUUUCAUUUUUUUGUUCUUCUUCUCCCUUAUCUUUCUUCGUGCUCCGGUAACAAAGAUUGUACGGAAGUAACGUGAACGAAAGACCCAACGAAAAGGCUCUGCGCUUCGCACCUUCGUUUUUGCCGUUUUUCUCUCCUCUCCUUCGUCUUUCCAGCGCCUCUUCUCCGGAUUUCCUUCUUCUGUGAUACAAAAGUCUUUUGAUAUUAUUAAGCGUAUUAUUAUUUAACUGUGUGGCAGUUUCAGCGUUUUUUUUUUGUUCUUGUUGGUUAAUUAGUGACGUUGUAGGCUCUGUCUUUAUUGCUGUCGCUUCGCCUCUUUCUCCUUUUCUUUUUUUCUCUUCCUGGGAGUUCUUUGGACGGAAAGUGCUGCUGCGCACAACCACAGUAUCCUCCUUUGGCGCUGCAUCAAACUGAAGUGCCGUAUCAAGGAACGUUGUAGCGCAAACACAUCACCGCUCGUUGAUCGUUUUGCCUUCUGCUUUCCCUUUCCACCAUCGCCACGACUGGGAUUCAAAGGCAUACGCACACACGCACACGCGAAGAAAAUCAAGAAACCCGUAGAAACGAGCAGCAGAAGUGAAGAUACAAAGCUUAAUUGUAAGAAGCGUACACCUCGGUAUCGUACGAUCUUUUAGUAUUUUCGUUGUCUUGUGGCUUUUUUUGUUCACACCCAAAACUCCGCUUUUGGCUUCCUUGUGCGGAGGCUAUCACAGAGCUCAACGUUUUGUUUUUUUGCGAACGACUUCAACAGUACAAAAUCAGCAGCCGCUUCAUCGAGCGCAGUGGCGACUGCAGCUGCUGCUUUUCCUGUCAGACGUUUUUUUUCUCCUUCCGCUGCAGGAAAACAAAUAAAAGAGCUGUGACGGCCUCAAAUUUGUUUCCGCCGCGAAAGCAGAGAACUGUGUUUCCUUCGUAAUUUUUUUUUUCUCUGAUGUGUUGUGUUUCCCGGUAGGCUAUUCCCAAACUCCUUUUCCCUUCAGUUCUACAAUCUUCUGUGUUGUACGCUUUUCGACUCCUGUUUUCUGAGUGACGCUGCAGUGCUGUCGCGUGAUCUUUUUCUGUUUUUUUUUUCCUUUUUAUAUAUCAUUUCUAGGAUUAUUGCUGCAGCCAAAAUGAGCGUCUUGCAGAGGAUUUUUACGCCGAGCAGCUCCAAGAAGAAGAGCUCGCUGCUGCACUCCGACCUGGAGAACUCGGAGAAGAUCCCCCAAGCGGCCCCGAAGGCCUCCGCCUCUACGCGGAUUAAACGCAAGUCCUCCUCCGAAGACGAAGGUGAGGCGCUGUGCCGCAGCGUGUCCAUGACGGUCAACUGCGAUCCCGUGCCCUCGUCUUUCAAGACGAACGCGAGCUUCGCGAACCAGUCGAAGGCAACCGCCGGUCCGAACUCCCCCAAGUCGCUGCACGUCUCCGGGUCCUUGUCGGGUGCCAACGGCCACCUCGACCGCCACCACCGUCACACCGCCACCCUCGCCAGCAGCGCCUCUCGCCCCAACCGCAACUCCCUCUUCGACAAGCCGGCUGGUCCGGCCAACAGCAGUUUCGCCUCAGGCGACAUGACGGUCCCGUGUGCGAGCGGCACGGCGAACAACGGCGCGGUCAACCUAUGGCGCCUACCAUGGACCCAGCAGAAGGUCGUGAUGUGCCCCAACUGCCACCGCCCCCGCAAGACGGACCGGGCGACGCCGUACGUGUCGCGUGCUGACUACGCCGUGCCGCAGACGUCGAGCCCCAACUUCGCUGAGGACAUCAGCGAGGCGAGCGAUGACAUCUCGUGCGGCGACUCGGAGGGCGUGGGCGGCCCGUUGACGGACUCCAUGACCUUUUGCCGCUGCGGCGCCGCUGUGGGUGGCGACGUGGCAGAACCGAAUGCCGCGAUGACGGAGAGUCCACCCGUCUUUGUUGUCGAGACGGGGAAGUCGUCGAACAUGGUGCUGCCCGGCACGAUCGCGCGUGACUCCGACAGCGACACCGAGAUGGAGGGCGUCCAGCGCGCGUUUAAGCUGUCGCUCGUCUCCCCGCUCACAACGUCCUCGCUGCGCCGCCAGCAGCCGCACGUGCCACCGUCGUUGGGCUCCACCUCGCGGCAGACCUCGAGCGCGGCCUCGGUGCCGAAGGUUCACUCCUGGCUCAACGAUCAACGCGGAAGCGAAGUGCCGGUCACGUCGAAGCCGAAGCCGCUCGAAUAA